UCGCAGCCAAUUUCACGGCCUCUGGGCUCGGCGCGGUGCGCGGGAUCGUAAACCCGCGGGCGCGGGGCGGGGGACUGGCGGGUCCUGGCCUGCCCGCGGACAGGGGGCGAUCGCGGCGAGGGCCCGCGGAGCUGCUGGCGAGGAUGUGUGUGUCAGGAGAGGACUUGGGUGAGGAGCUGCUGCUGCCUGAGCUGGGCCAGGACCUGAGACCCGCUGCCACCGCUGCUGCCACCACUGCUGCUGCGGGGACCGCCCUGAGACCAGGCCAGGAACAGAGCCUUGCUGGCCACAGGGGCCCCCUCUGCCCGCAGACGGCUGGAACCAGGUGGCAGAGGGGUGUCUUCCUCGCUGCCCCUGUCUCGCUGGCCCCCCCUCAGAGCGCCACUCUCCAGCCUUCCGUGGGGAUCGUCUGAGCCCAGAGCCUGAGGAGAAAGGAGAGGAGGAGGAGAAGGCGGAGAGGAAGUCAAGCUCUGAGAGCCGUGCACGUUCCCAGCAGAAGAGCCACGUGGGAAGCAGGCUGUGGGGCCCGCAGCACCCCUGGCCCCGGCCUGGCCGCGGUGCCCAGCACCUGCUGGUAGCCCCCCAGAAGGUCCCCAGCAGUUGGUUCUGGCAGAGCCUCCCUCACCUGGGGCCCCUGGGCUGGGGGUCGCCCCCAAGAUGGUGGCAGCCCCAGGGAGGACUGUGCUGCCAGCCCCAGCCUCCAGCCACUAGGCUCCCCGUGCCUCUCACCCCGAGCCCGGCCGGCGCCAUGCUGCGCCUGGGGCUGUGCGCGGCGGCGCUGCUGUGCGUGUGCCGGCCCGGCGCCGUGCGCGCCGACUGCUGGCUCAUCGAGGGCGACAAGGGGUACGUGUGGCUGGCCAUCUGCAGCCAGAACCAGCCGCCCUACGAGACCAUCCCGCAGCACAUCAACAGCACGGUGCACGACCUGCGGCUCAACGAGAACAAGCUCAAGGCCGUGCUCUACUCCUCGCUCAACCGCUUCGGGAACCUCACCGACCUCAACCUCACCAAGAACGAGAUCUCCUACAUCGAGGACGGCGCCUUCCUGGGCCAGGCGAGCCUGCAGGUGCUGCAGCUGGGCUACAACAAGCUCAGCAACCUGACGGAGGGCAUGCUGCGCGGCAUGGGCCGCCUGCAGUUCCUCUUCGUGCAGCACAACCUCAUCGAGGUGGUGACGCCCGCGGCCUUCUCCGAGUGCCCGAACCUCAUCAGCAUCGACCUGUCCUCCAACCGCCUCAGCCGCCUGGACGGCGCCACCUUCGCCAGCCUGGCCAGCCUCAUGGUGUGCGAACUGGCCGGCAACCCCUUCAACUGCGAGUGCGACCUCUACGGCUUCCUCACCUGGCUCGUGGUCUUCAACAACGUCACCAAGAACUACGACCGCCUGCAGUGCGAGUCCCCGCGGGAGUUCGCCGGCUACCCGCUGCUGGUGCCCCGGCCCUACCACAGCCUCAACGCCAUCACCGUGCUCCAGGCCAAGUGCCGCAACGGCUCGCUGCCCGCCCGGCCCGCCAGCCACCCCACGCCCUACUCCACCGACGCCCAGCGGGAGCCGGAUGAGAACUCGGGCUUCAACCCCGACGACAUCCUCUCGGUGGAGCCGCCGGCCUCGUCCACCACGGACGCGUCCGCCGGGCCGGCCAUCAAGCUGCACCACGUCACCUUCACCUCGGCCACCCUGGUGGUCAUCAUCCCGCACCCCUACAGCAAGAUGUACGUCCUGGUCCAGUACAACAACAGCUACAUCUCCGACGUCAUGACGCUCAAGAACAAGAAGGAGAUCGUCACCCUUGACAAGCUGCGGGCGCACACCGAGUACACCUUCUGCGUGACCUCGCUGCGCAACAGCCGCCGCUUCAACCACACCUGCCUGGCCUUCACCACGCGGGACCCGGUCCCGGGGGACCUGGCGCCCAGCACCUCCACCACCACCCACUACAUCAUGACCAUCCUGGGCUGCCUCUUCGGCAUGGUCAUCGUGCUGGGGGCCGUCUACUACUGCCUGCGCAAGCGGCGCAUGCAGGAGGAGAAGCAGAAGUGCGGCAAGGUCAAGAAGACCAUCCUGGAGAUGCGCUACGGGGCCGACAUGGAGGCCGGCUCCAUCGUGCACGCCGCCCAGAAGCUGGGCGAGCCCCCAGUGCUGCCCGUGUCCCGCAUGUCCUCCCUCCCGUCCAUCAUUGGGGAGAAGCUGCCCACUGCCAAGGGUCUGGAGGCCGGGCUGGACACGCCCAAGGUGGCCACCAAGGGCAACUACAUGGAGGUGCGUACCGGCACCAGCACUAGCACCGGCACCGGCACUGGCACUGGCCCCGGCACUGGCACCGGCCCCGGCACCGGCACCGGCGGGGAGGGCCCAGCCCAGCCUGAGAGUAACCGCCCGGGUGCGGGGAACAGCCAGGGCUCAGCCACUGAGAUCUCCACCAUCGCCAAGGAGGUGGACAAGGUCAACCAGAUCAUCAAUAACUGCAUUGAUGCCCUCAAGCUGGACGCGGCCUCCUUCAUAGGGGGCGGCAGCAGUGGCGGGGACCCCGAGCUGGCCUUCGAGUGCCAGUCCCUUCCCGCGGCCACGCCAGCCUCCGCCGCAGCCUCCCCGGGGGCCCUGGGGGGCCUGGGGGCCCUGGAGCUUCCCAGCUUCCUCCCGCCCUCUUUCCAGGAGGGCUCCCACCACCCGCUGCAGCGGCAGCUGAGCGCCGACGCCGCCGUGGCCCGCAAGACCUGCAGCGUCUCCUCCAGCGGCUCGGUCAAGAGCGCCAAGGUCUUCAGCCUGGACGUGCCCGACCUCCCCUCCCCCGCGGGGCUGGCCAAGAGCGACUCCAAGUACAUCGAGAAGAGCAGCCCCCUCAACAGCCCGCUGGACCGGCUCCCGCUGGUGCCCUCGGGCAGCAGCGGCAGCGGCGGCAGCGGCGGGGGCGCGGGCAGCGGGAGCGGCGGCGGGGGCAGCGUGCACCACCUGGAGGUGAAGCCGGCCUUCCACUGCAGCGAGCACCGGCACAGCUUCCCGGCCCUGUACUACGAGGAGGGCGCCGACAGCCUGAGCCAGCGUGUGUCCUUCCUCAAGCCGCUGGCCCGCUCCAAGCGGGACUCGGCCUACGCGCAGCUCUCCCCCAGACACUACUACUCGGGCUACUCGUCCAGCCCCGAGUACUCCUCCGAGAGCACGCACAAGAUCUGGGAGCGCUUCCGGCCCUACAAGAAGCACCCCCGGGAGGAGGUGUACAUGGCCGCGGGCCACGCCCUGCGCAAGAAGGUCCAGUUCGCCAAGGACGAGGACCUGCACGACAUCCUCGACUACUGGAAGGGGGUCUCGGCCCAGCAGAAGCUGUGACCCUCUCCUCCCCGGUGAGGUCGGAGGGCAGGGCGGGGGCACGCGGGGAAGGGCCCGGGCAGCCGGGCGGGGGCGUGCCGGGGGCCGAGGCCGAGGAGUGGACGGACGCACACGCACACCCACAUGCACGCACCCACGCACACACCUGACCACCACCUGACUGUGACAACCACCACCCGACAAUAAGGGACAGGAAAACAAAGACACGUUCUCCUUAAAGUUUACACAGAUCCCGAAACCAGGCGACUUUACUGUGCUGCCCAGGGACUCUGCUGGGGU